AUGAAUCGUAGCGAAAGAAAGGAUCAUUGGUAUGACCAUCGACUUUCCUGGAAUCCUGAGGAAUACGGUGGAGUGAGGCAUUUCCAUCUGCCUGGGGAAAUGAUUUGGCUACCAGACAUCAUCCUCUACAACAAUGCACACGGCAGUCCAUGGGUAUCAGUGAUCACAAAAGCGGAAGUUUACCAUGAUGGCAGAGUGACUUGGAUUCCACCCGUCGUCUAUCACUCAUUCUGUACGAUUAACAUCGAAUGGUAUCCAUACGAUAUUCAGCAAUGUGAACUGAAAUUUGGCAGUUGGACUUAUAGCGGUACACAACUCGAUUUGAUGCAUGUAAGUGAAAAAAAUUCCAACUUUUUAUGCAAUCCACUUGACAGAAAGUCUCGUCUUUUAUCUGACGACGUGCACCACGUGGUGCGCAACAACGAAAGCGGGUGGGAUGUAGAGAGAGGCGUAGAUAUUUCUGCAUACCAGGAGUCUGUAGAGUGGGAUUUAUUGUCGGUCCUAAGCACUCGCCAUGAAAAAUGGUACCCUUGCUGUGACUAUCCGUCAAUUGAUAUAACCUACUACGUACAAAUUCGACGAAAAAAAUUAUUCUACACAGUUAAUCUCAUCGUUCCAUGUGCAUCUCUUGCUGCGCUCACAUCUUGGGUGUUCUACCUCCCAUGUGAAAGUCAUCAAAAAGUGCAGCUCUGCAUCUCGAUACUUGUCUCUCUUACCAUAUUCUUCCUGCUUUUGAUUGAGAUUAUUCCACCUACAAGCAUAGCCAUACCGCUAAUAGUCAAAUACCUGACUUUCACCAUGUUUAUGGUCUCAUUAUCUGUUAUCUUCACCGUGAUUGUCCAAAACCUUCACUUUCGCACAGCCGAAUUUCCUAUGUCGGAUUGGGUCCGCCGCAUUCUCAUUAACAAAAUAGGCAGACGGCUGCUCAUUUCACGAGCUACUGAAAAAGCAAACUUUCAUAGAAAAGCCCAGCACAGCAAGGCAGGAUCUUUCAUUUCGAUGUCGAUACUUCAAAAGCAGUUUCAAAAAACUGUUUUUGAGAUCGAAAUGGCUUCGAAAGAUAAGAAGCAAAUGAGCACGGUGAAUUCGCUGUUUCUCGACUUGCCGUUACUCAAUCGUUCCAAAAGCGUGAAGCCGGGAUUCAUUUCCCCAAUGAAACGAACAACGUAA